GACGUACUCAGAACGUGUGCCCUUUUCUACGAUUUCCAACUCAGCGUGCGUAUAUAAGCGGUACAACACAGCCGAUAGACCAGAAUCCUGACGAGAGUGAAAGAGAGUAGCGAGCAUUGCUCGCCGGUUAGGAUAUAUGCUGGGAGUUCACGGAGUAAAAGUUAGAGUCGUUCCGAUCGUCCGGUGAGUAAGUGGACAGAGCGCGGAUAAUCUGGAAGAAAAGUUUCACAAACAGAACAGAGCCUUGAAGAAGGGAAAGAAGCAAGAAGUAUAGUGGUAAAGAAGAAGUUCACGUUGUAUCAUUCAGGAUGAGUGUACCUGGGAAACAAGUUAAAAAUGGUGUAUAUGAGUUUGAUUACACACGGAUACCAAAGUACAAGACACGCUGGGAAUCUAUACGGGAUGAGAUAUAUAAUAAGGAAGAGGGAACAGUGCUAGGUAAAACCGGCAAGAAAUGGGGAAUCACCGGUUUGUUUUACUUAUUCUUCUUCAGCGGGCUAGCAAUAUUAUUCGCCAUAUGUAUGAAGGGUCUACUAGCAACCUUGGACGAUCAUAGACCAAAAUGGAUACUGGAAAGCAGUUUGAUUACUACCAAUCCGGGACUUGGAUUCAGACCUAUAUCAGAUAAUACUGACGAGAGAUCGUUAAUCUGGUAUAGUGCAUCAAAUGCCACACAAGUACGUUCAUGGACCGCAAGACUUGAUAAGUUCCUGGAGAGAUAUUUAAAUUCGUCUUACCUGCCUACGAGCGGGAGGAACCAGCAGAUUUGCAGUUAUGAUCAACCUAUCAAACCUGGAAACGUCUGUGCGGUUGAUGUUAGCGAUUGGGGUCCUUGCUCACCUCAGGAAGGAUACGGUUUCAACAAUUCGGCACCCUGUGUCUUUAUCAAAUUGAACAGAAUUUUUGGAUGGAUACCAGAAUACUACAAUGACACUCAAGAUCUGCCCAAAGAUAUGCCAGCCAGUUUAAUUAGUCAUAUAAAAGCUGUGAAAACUAGUGAGUUGAACACAGUCUGGGUCUCUUGUUCUGGAGAGGAUCCUGCAGACAAUGAGAUUAUUGGAGAAUUGGAUUAUUAUCCAAAGAAUCAAGGCUUUCCUGGAUACUAUUAUCCCUAUGAGAAUACACCAGGAUACCUUAGUCCUCUAGUUGCCGUUCAUUUUCUACGUCCUAAGAGGAAUCAAAUAAUUAAUGUGGAAUGUCGCGCCUGGGCACGUAAUAUCAUCUAUAGUACAACGAAAUUGGAGAAGAAAGGUGCUGUCCAUUUUGAAUUGAUGAUCGACGAUUAACCAAUCGGUUAUACAUAUAUACUUAUCGAUAUUGAUACUCAGAGGGAACAGCCAAUAUCCUCACAACGUGGUAUCAGUUUACUAUAGACUAGUAGUAGCAUUCAAGUGGCAAGGACAAGUACUAGUAAUUUAAUAUCCCGUAUUAUCAGCGGCGAGUGACAAAGAAAUGAAAACAAACUCGCCAUCGCUAGCCUUAGAAAUAAAUAUCUAGUGGAAAGCGAAUAUUCGCAAGGAUUAGAAAUAUCGCGAUGGUAUUUUACUUAAAUGUUUACACGGAUACGAAGGAUCGUAAUGUGUUAACAUUAAGAUAGUUUAUAUCGACCUAAGUAAUUCAACGAAUAAUUACUGCCUUUUCAUAUUAGGUCAAAAGCUUUUUGAAUUUGUCUACUAUAUGGUAUCAGAUAUGUCUAUAGAUAUCUUUUUUCAUCUUUUUUUUUUAAAUUCAUUACGCACAAUCCUGCCCAGUACUUACUGACUGUAUUUAUAACCCUCUAUAAUGUAAAAUGGUGUUAUCAGCCCAUAAUUAUAAGUAAUUGGAUCAACUAUGUUAAAUUAUAUGUGACAAUAAUGAGGCGAAGAAUAGUUAAAUCCAUUUCGCUAUAUUAAAAUAUUUGUAAAUGUUGUAUCACUGAAUGACGUUUUACACAAAGAUUAUUUUAUUCAACUUAUACUUCGUCAAAAUACAAGUUUACGCAUUUGAAGCUGAACAGAGAUUCGUUUACAGUCUAGCUAGAGGAAAAACAUAUACCCCCAGUAUACAGUGAAUACUAAAAUGUAAUACUAGUAUCGCGUCGAGAGUGCAGUCACGAUACUCGUGAUGAGGUGUCGUAGGACAAUACAGACAGGAUAAAAAUGA